CCUUGUAGUAUUUGAAUGCACUUGACAGCAAUGACUACCGAAGAACCCGAACUUGUUGAAAUCGAAGGUCCUUCCAAAAAGCCCCGUAAGACUUGGAGGCAAGUGGAAGAGGAUACAUUACUCAAGGUUAUGAUGAAUGAGGUCUGUGAAAAGUGGAAGUGGCCUGCCGAAAAUGGGUUUAGACCCGGGUUCUUCACACACUGUGAGGUGGAGUUGGCGAAGGUGUUACCGGAUGCUAACAUUAAGGCCAACCCACACAUCGACUCAAAAGUAAGGUAUUGGAAACAAACAUACCAUAAGAUACUUGACAUAAUAAGUCUUAGUGGGGUGAGUUGGGACCAUACCAACAAACGCAUUGUGGUCGAUGACCCAACUGUGUGGGCGGACUACGAAAAGGCCUACUCAAAAAAGGCCAAAGGCAUGAAUAUGAAGCCAUUCCCAAUGUUUGAUGAUUGGGCUAUCCUAUUUGGAAAGGAUAGGGCAACGGGGGAGGGUGCGGAGGAUCCGAGCCAAAUGGCUAUGCCGGAUGUAUUUGGUACACCAGAUGAUGUUUACAUGCCCCACUUCGGUCCAGAAUUUGAUGAUUCCUUCUUGAAUGAAACCCCCUCCACUCCCAUACUUACUCCCACACGUCCGAACUCCACACCUCCGACCUCCACACCUCCGACCUCCACACCACAUAGGUCACUCCCAACCUCCAUUCCCCGGCCAACCUCGGCCCCGGCUAAUGCUGCAGCUAAGAAGGGGAGGAAGAGGACAAGAAUGGGUGAGGAGGAAGAAUCCAUGCAUGCAUGCAUGAACACUUUUCUGAAGGAUACCUCGAGCCAUAUGGGAGAAAUGGUGAGCUCAGUAGGGUAUGAAAAAGAGCUAUCGAAACGUCGACAGAACGUUCAAACCGAGUUAGGGAAGCUUAAUAUCACUCUUACACAAAAAUUCAAGUUAAGUGCUGUUAUUUGCGAAGAGGAACAGAGGGUGGAUAACUUCUAUGGGUGCAAAGAGGAGGAGAGGCAAGAGUACGUUGAGGCCAUCCUCAAUGGUGAGAUCUAUGGACCGAUAUGAAGUGGGCAAGAGUGGGAAUAUUGGUGCCUAUUUUUUGAAGUGGCUGAUAUUGAACGUGAUCUAAAUAUGGUGGAAUUUUUUUGUGUAACUAACUACUUUUUUGACUAAUGGUACCAAUUUUUUGUGUAACUAAGAAGUUUAUGAUGUAUGAGCACUAAGAAAACUAAGAACGAUGGGAUAAUGUUUGCGUAAUUAAGUAUGGGGCAAUAUGCUUAAGUAAUUGCACGG